AUGCGCAGCAGCACCACGUCUGCAAACGAGACAGCAGCAGCAGCAGCAGCAACAGCAGCAGCAGCAGCAGCAGCAGCGAGAGCACUUUGCACGGCGGGGCCCCCCAGGGCCCCCGGAGGCGCACACGCGCAGCAGCUCCCGCGCUGCCUGCUGCAGCUGCUGUUUUAUUUCAAAGUCCCUUUUUAUGCAGCUUCUUCUUGCUGCCUCGUCCUCUGGCGGGGCGACAUGAGCAGCAGCAGCAGCAGCAGCAGCAGCAGCAGCAACGAUGCAGCGCCGCCCAUGACUUCCGGCAGCUCUGUCCCUGCUGCUGCAGCAGCAGCAGCAGGGGGCGCGUGGGGCCCCUUCGGCGGUUUGCGCGGCGCUGCAGCAGCAGCCCCGGGUGGCGUCGCCGGGGCCCCUGCCGCUGCUGCAGCAGCAGCAGCAGCAGCAGCAGCAGCAGCAGACGCAGCAGCAGCUGCUGCUGACGUCACCGCCUCUCCACCGCCCCCCAGCGGCUCCCCUGCCAGCGCGUCAGUGUCGCCCCAUUGGGGCGUAGCCCCCGCUUGGGGGCCCCCCGGGGGGGGCCCCCCGGGGGCCCCCCCCGGGGGGCCCCCCUGGGGCCCCCCCUGGGGCCCCUCCUGGGGGCCCCCCUGGGGCCCCUCCUGGGGGCCCCCCCCAGGGGGGCCCCCCGCGUGGGGGGGGGGCCCCCCGGGGGGCCCCCAGGGCCUGGAGGGGGCCCAAGUGGCGUACGAAAGCGAAGUGGCGUUGGUGCAUUUUAUAGUUUAUUUGGUUUGCUGCAUUGGAUGUCUUUGCAUUUAUUUGAAUUAUGUUGUUUUGGAAAGUUAUAUUUUUGCAUUGUUUUGGGCUUUGGUGUUUUCGAUUCCGCUGCGCGCAGUCGUUGCUGCUGUGCUGGGCGAGCCGGGCCAGCGCUCGCCUGCUGCUGCUGCUGCUGCUGCUGCAGCAGACGCAGCAGCAGCAGCAGCUGCUGCUGCUGCUGGCGCGCCAGGCAAGCAGCAGCAGCAGCAGCAGCUCAAACGCGCCAACCAGCUCCACGAACAGCCCGCGCCGCCGCUCGCCAAUGACCUCAGCAGCAAACUCCUCAACCAGCAGCAGCAGCAGCAGCAGCAACGCCUGCAGCAGCAGCAACAGCUCCAGCAGCAGCAGCAGCAGCAGCUCGUGCUGCUGCACUCCCCACGCGGCCUCCACAGCAGCAGAGGGGCCCCUCCCGCAGCCGCAGACUCUGCGCGCGGGGCCGGCCAGAAACCCCCAGAGGAAGCAGCAGCAGCAGCAGCAGCAGCAGCAGCAGCAAAGAAGAGAGCCAUAAGGCUCAAGUGGUCUCGAGAGGCAGCAGCAAAGCAGCAACAGCAGCAGCAGCAGCAGCUGAUGCUGCUGACGGAUGUGGGGCCGUCUGCAGGCAGCAGCAAUGCUGCGGAUGCGGCAGCAGCAGCUGCGGGGGAACCUCCAGAUGGAAAUGGAGCAGCAGCAGCAGGUGCUGCUGCUGCUGCUGCUGCUGCUGCUGCUGCUGACUCUGCUGCGCUGCGGCAGGGCGUGCCUGCUGCUGAGGCUGGGCAGCCUGAGGCGUCUGUACACCGCAGCAAGAAGCGGCGGCAGCAGCAAGAAGAAGAGCUGCUGCUGCAGCCCGCCGAAAGCACUCCUCCCAGCAGCAGCAGCAGCAGCAGCAGCAGCAGCAGCAGCAGCAGCAGCAGCAGCAAGGGGCGGUGGCGGGGCUCGUGGGUGCUGCAGUGCGUGAAGCAGCGGCUGCAGGGCGUGCUGCAGUUCGUGCUGCAGUCGCUGUCUGAGCUGCUGCACGCGGUGGGCGCGCUGCUGCUGCUGCUGCUGCUGCUGGAGCUGCUGCUGCUGCCCCUCAGGGGCAGCAGCAGCAAGUGGAGGGCUCUUAUCCUGCGGCAGCGGGGCUGCGGCGGGUGGCGGGUGUGCGCGGGGCGCGUGUCAGUGGAAGUGGCUGCAUGCGCGCGGCCUGUGGUUUGUCUUUUGGUGAUUUUAAUUUCUUUUUUAAUUAGUUUUUCAAUUUCUGUUUUCUUUUGCUUCGAGAUUUACGCAGAAGUCACAGCUUUAUGGGAAGCCCGUGUCUUGGGUUCUGCGGGGCUGGCUGAGGCUUUCCAGCGGCUUUCGGGGCUGCUGCUCAACCAGCAGCAGGGCUUUGCUGCUGCUGCUGCUGCUGCUGCGGCGCCCCCGGCCGCAGCAGCAGCAGCAGCUGCUGCUGCGGACCCAAACGCGCCCCAAACCGCCAACACACUCGCCGGAUUCGUCGCUGCAGCUGCUUCCGCCGUCCGCAGCAGCAGCAGCAGCAGCAGCAGCAGCAGCAGCAGCAGCGGCGGGCCUGCUGCGCUGCUGCUGGGCGGCGGCCCCGAGUGGUACUCGGACUUGUGGCGGGCGAUACAGGAGCUGGCUGCGGCGUCCUCGGCAGCAAACGCUGCAGCAGCAGCAGCAGCAGCAGCAGCAGCAGCAGCAGACACAGACACCUCCCGAGCAACGCGCCCCUGGCCCAGCAAAACCCCAGAGGGGCCCCCCGGCCUCCGCGCAGACCCGGGGGCCCCCCAGCUGCCCGAGUUUGCUGCAGAAGCGUGGGCCCCCGAAAAGCCGCAGCAGCAGCAGCAGCAGCAGCAGCAGCAGCAGCAGCAGCAGCGGGGCGCUGCAGACCUCUCGCAAGCAGCGCAGCAGCUCAUAGCCGACUUAGACGUGUCAGGGGCGAAGGUGCAGCGGGAGGGCCUGAAGAGGGGGGGCUGGCUGGGGUCUUUUUUGUCUUUGUUUUUUCCCGACAUGUUUGGGAAAGGGCAGCAGCAAACGCAGCAGCAGCAGCAAACGCAGCAGCUGCUGCAGCAGCUGCGGGAAGGAGACUUUGUUGCUGCUUUCAAAAGGUCUUUGGAAGCUUCGCAAGAAGUCUAUGCCCUCACGCGCGAGGCCUGGUGGCGCUACCUCUCGCAGCACGCCCACACGCUGCUGGCCUGGGCCCUCAACUCCGGCUUCGGGGCGUGGAGGAUCUUUUGCUUCGUGCUGGCGUUUCUUCUUCGCUUCUUUCUGUCGGCCUUCGACCUCCUCUUCCAGGUGGUGGUGUUUUUCGGGGCUUUGUACGCGCUGCUGUGCUCGCAACGCAGCUCUUUAGAUGUGCUGCAGGAAGUCCUUUGCGUGGUGGACUCUUCUGCAAUUUUGUCGGCUUCUGUGAACGAAAAAAUCCGCGCCAUUCUCUUCUCCUCCGUCAAAAAAGUCUGGUUCUACAGCCUGUUCACGUGGUUCAUCUUCGAAAGCACGGGAAUGCCGGUGGUUUACGUCCCAACUGCUGCUUCUUCGCUUUUGGCGCUGCUGCCGAUUUUGCCGCCCGAAGUUAUUUCGCUGCUGCCAGCAGUGGCUUUGUGGCUGCACUCCGACGCAGCAGCAGCAGCAGCAGCAGCAGCAGGCUCGCCUGCGGAAGCAGCAGCAGCAGCAGCAGCAGCAGCAGCAGCGCCCGGCGGCGGAGGGGCCCCUGCUGCUGCUGCUGCUGCUGCUGCUGCUGCUGGCGGCUGGGGGCACUGGCUCGCCGCGCCCCACAGGCUCGCAGCCCUCGCAGUCCUCGCAGCCAACGCGCUGGUCUGGUGGAACGUGACGACUUGCAUUUAUAGAGAAAUCCCCGACGCCAGCCCUUGGCUGGUGGGCCUUUCGGCGGCUCUGGGCCUUUCCACUUUGGGGCUUAAGGGCAUUAUUCUCGGCCCUGUUUUGGCCACGGUGCCCCUUAUUGCAAUUUCUGCGGCGUCGAAAUUUAGUGAGAGGCAAAUGCGCUGCCAAGAGGCUCUGGGUGCGCCAGAGCAGCAGCAGCAGCAGCAGCAGCAGCAGCAGCUCCUGCAGCAGCAGCAGCAGCAGCAAAUGCUGCAGCAAAUGGGCCCGCGGGAGGGGACAGAAAGAGCCCAGGGCCACUUCGUGCAACAACUGCAGCAGGAGCAACAGCUGCAGCAGCAGCAGCUGCUCCUGAUGCAGAAACAACGGCAGCUGCAGCAGGAACAGCAGCAGCAGCAGCAGCAGCAGCAGCAGCAGCAGCAGCAGCAGCAGCGCUUUGCAAGCGUAGCUGCGGAGCGCUCUGUGCUGCACCGCAGCGAGGGGCCCCAGGGGGCCCCCCAUGUAGGCCAGCAGCCCAGCAGCAGCUCUAGCCUUAGUUACCCCUUUUGGGGGCCCCCCGGGGGCCCCCAAGAUAGGGGUUGCUUUGCUUUGGGGGAGUGGCGGUCGGGGCCCAAGUACCCUCCGGGGGGCCCCCCUGUGCAGACCCAGACCCUCUUGGGGGCCCCCCCUGCUGCUACUCAGGGGGCCCCCCUGGCCGCAGCAGCAGCCUCUCCAGCUUCUUCUCCUCCAGACAGUAUUCAUUCUCAGGGGCCCCUUUUGGGGGCCCCCAGCUCACCUAGCCUGGGGCCCCCGGGGGGCCCCCGCAGCCCCCCGGGGCUCUUUGGCCAGCCCCAGGGGGGCCCCCUAGGGGGGGGCCCCCUAGGGGGGGGCCCCCUAGGGGGGGGCCCCCUGGGGGCCCCCCAGCAGCAGCAACCCGCGCUGGCUGUGCACUUUAUUAAAGGUGCUGCUGAUGCAAUUCGUUGGGUACUGCAGCGGCGGCGGUCUGGGAUAGUGGGGGCCCCCUCAAUGGGGCCCCCGCUGGGGGGCCCCCCCUUUUCGCAGUACAGCUGGGGCAGCGGGGCCCCCCUCUUCGGGGGCCCCUACCAGCAGCCGCUGCAGCAGCAGCAGCAGCAGCAGCAGCUGCCGCAGCUGCAUGCAGGAGACAAUAUGGAGGGCCUCAGGAAGACCUUGACUUCAGGCAGCCCUGUGGGGCCCCUCAGCAAGACGGGGGCCCCCUCAUCACCAGCAACAGCUCCUGCUGCUGCUGCUGCUGCUGCAGCAGCAGCAGCAGAGGGGCCCCACAGCCCCCAGUCCAGGCGGGGCGCAGGCAAGCAAUGUGGGCGGCCCCGGUCGCACUCGAGCCCCUAG